CUUCGAUCCCUCAACCCUAAUAUCCUCACCUAAGUAUCAACAACCCAUCCACAAUGAAGGUCUCCAUUCUCUCUGCCCUCACCGUCGGCCUCGCUGCCGGUACCCUCGCCGCUCCCACCAAGGUUGAGCGCGACCUGCCCACCGUCACCGGCGUCCUCUCCGGCAUCGGCACCAAGGUCGACGCCCUGGGCUCCGCCAUCCAAGCCUACAGCGGCGGCGACGUGGCCAGCGUGCAGCAAGCCUCCGACAAUCUGGUCAGCGCAAUCAACAGCGGUAACAGCCAGGUCAGCGGCACGUCGGCCCUCAGCUCCACCGACGCCCUGGGCCUCCCCGGGCCCGUGGACACCCUCAAGAAGAAAAUCUCCACAGUCAUCAGCGACCUCGACAACAAGAAGACCUUGAUCGUUGAGGCCGGAAAAGGCGCCCAGACCUACAACGACCUGACCGAGCAAAAGGCCGCGGCGGAGAAGCUGUCCGACACGAUUGUCUCCAAGGUGCCCGAGUCAUUGCAGAGCCUGGCCGGUACCGUUGCUGGUGGCAUCUCGGAUGCGAUUGAGGCGGGUGUAAAGAGCUGGUCGGACCAGGCUUCCAAGGGCGACGCCGCCCAGCCUCAGGCCAGCCCGGCUGCUCCCGCUGCCGCGCCUAAGGCGGCUCCCACCGCUGCGCCCGCUGCGCCUGCUGCUGCUCCCAAGCCUGCUGCUUCCAACGAUGCCCCUGCUGCUGCCGGGGCUGCCCCUGUGGGGGGCUGCGUGGCUCGGUAUUGA